AAAAAAAAAUCUCUAAAACAUUAACAGUUCAUUCGUCCGUCACGUGGUAGUUCAGUCCAGAACAGUCCAUCUAACAAAGUGAGAGACCAAUCUGCCACUAUGACAGAGAAAGUGACAGAGCUGGUCUCAAAGUGCCUGCAGGCCCGGGACCUGGCUUACUGUCCCUACAGCCGCUUCCCUGUCGGUGCUGCCCUCUUAACAGCAGAUGGCGCCAUUGUCACAGGUUGUAACGUGGAGAACGCCUCCUACGGUCUGACCGUGUGUGCCGAGAGGACGGCCGUCCAGAGGGCUGUAGCUGAGGGACAUAGGCGGUUCACCGCCAUCGCUGUAACAUGUGAUAUCAAAGACCGUUUUGUUGGACCGUGUGGAGCAUGCAGACAGGUUCUCAUGGAGUUUGGAUCGAACUGGACUGUGUAUUUGACGAAGCCGGAUGGAACUUACAAAGAAACCGAGCUUCGUGAACUGCUGCCUUUAGCAUUUUCCCCUGAACACCUUGCAAAGAACUGAAAAUGCUUCCACUGCACCUCUGGAUGGCCUUAGGCUCGCUGAUUUUAUUCUGACUAACCUAGAAAAAACAGUAAAUAUGAAAGCCUGCUGUAGACCUACUAUAAACAUGUAACCAUGCAGUUGAUGUAAGUCUAUUGUAGUAAAAACAAAAGAAAAGAAAAAACAACUCUAUAUCAAAUUAGAAGAAAGAAAUCAGCAAUAUCAUAUAAAAUUAAUAUCAAAUAUUAACAUUAUAUAAUAUGCAUAACAAUGAUAAUAAUAAUGUAGAAUAACUUAAACAGUGAUAAGAACAACAAUAAUUUGUUAGUAGCUUAACGUACAAUAAAAAAUUAUUAUUACUCUAUGAUUGUUGUUGAUGUUGUUAUUGUUGUUGUGGUAGUCUCAUUAAACGGCUAUCUUCUUUUGC